GAUAUCGAUAGGCAAUGAAAAGUUUUUCAUUAGAUUUUCGGCACUCCCUAGUCACAUAAAGGCUGGUCACAUAGAAAUAGCAAAUAUGGAAGGCACGAGAAUGGAACCGGUCAUGCAGCCGACACUCGGCUUUAACAGUGACAGUAAUACACAAGGUAGGUUUUUUUUUUUAAUUAUUUUAGAAUUGUCAUUACUGUAGAUUGCUUUUUGAAAUGAUGUGUAUUCAACAUGGAUGAUGAAUCAUUGAAAUGAUGAUGAAAUGCAUUGUUUAUUAAUUUAAUAAAAGUAAGUACAUUUUCAGGUGUAGCCAUGUUAGCGAGUGCCACGCCUUCAACAAUGGCACCCGCGUCUGCUUCAGAGUACAGUUCAGCUGAGCCGAUGUUUCCAAUCCUGGCCAACAUAAAUGUGAAUGAUUUGUUUGCUAAACUGGUUGCCAGUGGCAUAGUGCAGGUCAACAACGAAUUAAAAACUGAACCCAAGGAAGAGGUGAAAGAAGAGGCCAAACCGAAGGCAAAAGAGGAUAAGAAUGUCAUCCAUAAAGUUGAUUUGCUGAGAAGUGAAACUUUGAAAGUGAAGCAGGAGGCGCUGGUGGCACGGCUGUACGGCGGCAUGCAGUGCUCGGGCUGCGACGUGCGCUUCCCGCCCGAGCACACGGUGCGCUACUCGCAGCACCUCGACUGGCACUUUCGCCAGAACCGCCGCGACCGCGACUCGGUCCGCCGCGCGCAUUCGCGCCCCUGGUACUACGACCACUCCGACUGGCUGCACUAUGAGGAGAUCGAGGACCUCGAGAACAGAGAAAAAAACUGGUUCGAGACUGUUGGGGCGGCGGGCAAGGGUAUGGCGGAGGCGGCGGCCGAGGCGCCCAGCGUGGCGGCCGGCGCGCUGAUUAACCAGCACUGCGCCGUCUGCGGCGACCGCUUCCAGCAGUUCUACAACGAGGACAAGGAGGAAUGGCAUCUGAGGAACUCGCUGCGCCACGACGACGACUUUUACCACCCGCAGUGCUUCGACGACUACAAGGCAUCGUUAACCAAAGAGGAGCCACUCCGAGAGUCGUCCAUCGAGAUCGAGGACGUGGACGACGUAAUGUCGCAGUCGGACAACGAGUCUGUUGUGGAGGUCGUUAAAACUGACGACAGGAACACUCAGCCCGUAGAGAUCGUGGAGGAUAAUGAUGAGACGGUGGCUAUGCCCCAGCCGAUGGAGGACGACGGCGACGAGGAUGACGUAGUGUUCGAGGCCCAGUCGGUGGAGGACGACGCCGACACCGACGACGAGACGGUCGAGCAGCGCCGUCAGCGGGACGUACUCGCCGCCAUCGACAUGGCCAACGUACGCGUCAAGAUUGAACCUAUCGACCCUGACGAUGAGCCAAUAAUAACAGCAGAGGAGACCAUCCCCACCGCAGUCGAUACCACACACGUAACAGUGCUGUCCUCUAUCGACGGGAACGUGCAACUCGAGGCGAUUCCCGCGCCAGUCACCUCGCGCAGCAUACGUAUAAAUAUAUCUAAGUCGAUACCCUCUUUUGUGAGUAAUGUACAGGAAAAUAAAAUGCUCGAAGAGAUAAACAUGGAUGAUGAGCCUCUGCCUCCUGGCGAAGAACCACAGUUGUCGUACAAGCUGAAACCGACGCUGGAAAAUGUACAAUUCAGUAGGCAACCACCCGCGAAUAAAGGCAAUGAACUGUCCGGACUCUGUUCUAUUAUGUGAAUAUGUUGUGAUAAACAAGUUUUAUUAGCAGUGUGAAAUGAACGAUUCCCUGGUUAUGAAGUGUUCGUGAAACUUUUUCGUUCGUGAUUUUGAUAAUUUUUCUGCAUUUGAAUAGAGUUCACUCCUGUGUUGGUCCUAUAUAAUUAUUAGUGAUUUGCUCAACGACUAAAGUAGCCAUGUUUCAGAAUAAAAUGAAAGUUGUAAAAUUAAAAACAUCAAUUUGUUUAUAAAAAAUCUCCAUUGGCGUUAUUUUUAAUAGAAAAAUUAUACUCGUAUUGAAACGGUCAAUUGUGUAAGCAGCUCUAUAGAUGAGGUGUGAUGGUCUUUAGGCAAGUUAUUGACUAAAUUGCAUAAUAAAUAUAUAGGAUAUACUAAGAUUCAAUCGUUUGCAUCGCAUGGUCGUCUCACAUAUAAUUCGCCCUACGAUCAGUCCGAGGUGAUUAGAUGAACUAGGUUUCAACAUUUAACAAGUUGCUAACUGCAACUUUGUAACAGCAAACUUUGCACAAUGAUUUCGAAAAUAUAUAUAUAAUUAGUAACAGUCAUACUACUUGAACUGGAUCUUAUAGAGCACAAGUCUUGCAAAUAAAAAUUUUACAAAAAUGUACUUAUCAUCCUCUAAAUUUAACUUACUAUUCAAUUAUUACUUGCUUUCCUUUAGAGGUUCCUUCUAUUUCUUUGUACU